AUGGACAAAAUAUCAAAGUACAAUGUCGUCCAUCGAUAUGAGAAGCGCAGCCUGCUCAUCGCGAUCAAUUGCAUCGCCGGACUAUCAAUUCUGUUCUUCGGUUACGACCAAGGGAUGAUGGGAGGUGUCAAUACCGCCUACGACUAUUACACACUCAUGGGCUUCGGCCACAAAGGUGCGGAUGGUGGUCCCGUUGUUGACGAUACGUUGCUCCAGGGCGGCAUCGUUUCAGUGUAUUACCUCGGGACUUUGGUGGGCUGCUUGGUCGGAGGCUCCAUUGGCGACCGCUUCGGACGCAUCAAGACCAUCUUCGUCGGAGCUGCUGUCGCGACUGUCGGCGCAUGCUUACAAUGCUCAGCGAUGAAUCACGAGUGGAUGAUUUGUGCGCGGCUUGUCAACGGCUGGGGUACUGGCAUUCUCAACUCUAUCAUUCCCGUUUGGGCCACGGAGACUGCGGAACAUACCUCGCGCGGUCAAUUCAUCGCUAUCGAAUUCACACUCAAUAUCCUCGGUGUGGUCAUCGCAUACUGGCUUGAGUAUGCAUGUUCCUUUUACGGCGACGGUACUUCGUCUUUCAUCUGGCGCUUCCCCAUCGCAUUCCAAAUCCCGAUGCUCAUGAUACUCAUGGCUGCCGUCAUGUUCUUCCCGGAGUCGCCGCGUUGGCUUGUCAAGGUCGGUCGCGAGGCCGAAGGACGGUACGUGCUGAGUCGGCUUCGAGGUGACGCGGGGGAAGACAGGGAGAGAGCGGAGACUGAGUUUCAAGAGAUUGUGGCUUCUUGCGAGUUGGAGCGGUCCAACUUCCGUAAGCAGAGCUACUUUCACAUGCUGUUUGGAAUCGGCUCUGGCAAGCUGCAUACUGGUCGUCGCGUUCAGCUUGUGGUUUGGCUCCAGAUCAUGCAAGAAUGGGUCGGUAUCGCCGGUGUUACAAUCUAUGCGCCUACCAUUUUCGGCAUUGCAGGUAUGAGUCCAGCAAAGCGACAGUGGAUCUCAGGCCUCAACAAUAUCUUCUACAUGUUCGCGACACUUAUCUGUGUCUUCACUCUGGACCGUAUUGGCCGCCGAUGGACUUGCUACUGGGGUUCGGCAGGGCAAGGAAUCGCAAUGGCGCUCGCCGGAGGGUUCUCCUACCUAGGUCAAGAAGCCACGAAGCGUGGCGACACCAGUGCGGCAUCAUCAUACGGUAACGCGGCGGUAUCUAUGGUCUUCAUCUUCACAGCCAUUUUCGGAGCAACAUGGUUGACAGUCCCAUGGCUCUACCCCGCAGAGAUUUUCCCGCUCGAGGUACGCGCAAAGGGCAACGCUUGGGGCGUCGUCGGCUGGUCUAUCGGAAACGGCUGGCUCACGCUCCUCUGCCCAAUCAUGUUCGAUUCUCUCGGUGAGAAGACGCUGUACAUCUUCGCCGCAUGCAACGCGAUUACGAUCCCCAUGGUUUGGGCACUGUACCCUGAGACGAACCAGCGCACGCUUGAGGAGAUUGACCUGCUUUUCGCAUCGGAUAGUAUCUGGAACUGGGAGGCAGAGAAGAACUUUGCGGCGCUGCAGGAGACGCUUCCUUUCGAGGCUACAUCGCACGCAGCGAAGAAUGAUAUCGAGCGCGUUUCGCUGUAG